AUGCAGACUGCGAAGGUCGCCUGUUUAUCCUUAGCUGCCUCGAGACUCCUUGGCGCAAGCAGACUUUGCAGUCACGAGCUUUUGGCAACACCUGCUUACCUUCGUGCCCACAAUUUUGCCAGUCAGACUCGUUUUUGUCAGACAGGGGCGACGCCAGAGGAAACCGUGGUGAUUCGCGUCCCACGGUACCUCCAGAGGCGCGUUGACAACGUGAAGCAAGCCCGAGGCGGAACCAGCAUCAGCACCGUCAAAGCUGGGAAACUUCUUAUCAAGAGCAGAAACCCUACUCUGAACCAGUCUGCGGGAUACGUGCUGGGGAAGUUCGACCAGCCCCAUCUGUCCUCGAAGGGAUGGAAACACAACAAGUCCUUUGGAGACUAUUUUAUAGUCAACAACAUCAGAGAGGUUGCACCCUGCGUGGAGGGGACCCAGAAAGAGGACACCGGAGAAAGACCAUCAACGACCUUUAAAAAUCUCAGAAUCUGCAAAGAGCUGGUUGAAACCUUGGAGGGACUCGGGAUCACACACCCCACCACAGUGCAGGUGCAAACUAUCCCAAAGGUCAUGAGGGGUCACAACAUCCUCUGUGCAGCCGAGACGGGGAGUGGGAAAACACUGUGCUACCUGCUGCCGGUCGUCCACAGGCUGCUGGCUGAAAGGCAGUCAGGUAUCGACACUGACAGCUCAAACAAGAUCCGAGCUUUGGUUCUUGUUCCCUCUAGAGAGCUGGCAGAUCAGGUGGCCGGUGUGUCCAGGACUCUGUGUGCUCCGUUUGGCCUGCGUACGAAGACUGUGGGCGGUGGGCGAGGUGUGGGACACAUAAAGAUGGUCUUCAAGAACGAUCACCCUGACAUUUUAGUGGCUACACCAGGCGCUCUGGUCAAAGCUCUGCAAAGACGCUAUUUGGAUUUGGGUGAACUCAACUUCUUAGUGGUGGAUGAGGCCGACACCAUGUUUGACCCCAGCUUCUGUGACAUGCUGGAGAACAUCCUCACGCACACAAACAUUGCAAGUGAUCCUAAGGAAACGUGCGGCGUGGGUCACAAAUCCCAGCUUCUGGUCGUGGGGGCCACCUUCCCCAGCGGUGUCGGAGAAGUGCUGAACCAAGUGACGGACCUGGGCAGAAUGGUGACGAUCAAGAGCAAGAUGCUGCACUUCCUCAUGCCCCACGUCAAACAGACUUUUCUGAAGGUAAAGGGUGCCGACAAAAUCCUGGAGCUCCAGCAAGCCCUCGUGCGGCUCCAGCAGGACAAAAAAGAGGCGGCUGCUCUGGUGUUUUGCAACAAGUCUGCCACUGUGAACUGGUUGGGCUACUCUCUGGAGGAACUGGGGGUGCAGCACGCUCGACUGCAGGGGGAGAUGCCCGCCGUGGUGCGGGCGGGAAUCUUCAGAUCCUUCCAGAAGGGCAUGGUCAACGUGUUGGUUUGCACAGAUAUUGCCUCACGCGGCCUGGACACUUCCAGAGUGCGUCUGGUGGUCAACUACGACUUCCCAGAAUCCCACACGGACUACAUUCACCGAGCAGGGCGGGUGGGGAGAGCGGGAGGGGUGGAGGACGGCGCGGUGCUCAGCUUCGUCACUCACCCCUGGGACGUGGAGCUGGUGCAGAAGAUUGAGACAGCAGCUCGUAGAAGGACAAGUUUGCCCGGGAUGGAGUCUGAAAUUCAUGAACCGAAGCCCAAAGUGUUACUCCCUCAGGAAUAG